AGUUAUGCUGCCCCUGACAUACAGACAUUAUCUUCUCACAAACACACUCUCUUCUCACACACUGUCAGACACUCUCUUCUCACACACUGUCAGACACUCUCACGGCUGUAUUCUUUACUGUCUGUUGCUCUUUCAAAACACAGGAACAGGGACAGGAGCAGAAUGACUGGGCUUUAGCCUCACUGGGGGUAAACAGACAGAGGACACACUGGGACUACUGGACUGGACUACUGUACCACUUCCACCCUCAUGACGAAUGAAGUGACAGGAGAGAACAGACAGCAGGACAGAGACAUCUCCCCUGCUGACCCAGAUGCACUAUGGAGAGAACCACCGUACACACUAGCGGGAACCAAUGAACACUUCCCAGGAAAUUAUGUUAUGAAUCCAGGGGUGGAAGGGCCGGGGGUGGAGUCUGGGGGUGGGGAGGCGGAGCCAGACAGUUACUGGAAGAGGAAGGAGGAGUUCACCAGAGGAAGCACCGUGUCACUGGCCGUGGGUGAGAGGUUCUCCUCAGACGUGGUGCUGGUGUUCAGUGGUCGGCGGCGCUCAGGUGUAAUACCUGACACUGAACUACAGGAGGCGCUCCGUACCAGACUCAGGGUCGUCGAGAGCAACAGUCUGGAUGUCAUCCAGCUCUUCAAGGACCUGUCUGCCCGUCUGCUGUCUGUCCACGCUGAGAAGGACAGCUUUGUCAUCACCUUCAAGACUGUGGAGGAGAUGUGGAAGUUCUCUACCUACCUGGCUCUAGGCUAUGUGGCGCGGUGCCUGGAGAAUUUCCUGUGUGACCAGUCGUUCUGGCUGGACACUGAGCUGCUGAGGGACCUGGAGAUCACUGUGACUGUAGACGAGGAACACCUGGCAACACUCUACCUGGGACUGCUGCUGCAGGAGGGGUCGUUCUUUGCCAAGGCGCUGGUGAGCAGUGGCGAGCACAGUGAUGAGGAGGAGGAGCUGUGUUUCAGGCGUAAUGACUUGCUGAUGGUUAGAGACACGGGGCAGGACAGUCACUGGGAGGGCACCCGUCUCUCAACCGGAAAACACGGACUAGUGCCUGUCAACAACAUGCAACCGCUGCCAUACCCCUUCUACCAGUGGUUCCUGAGGAAGUACCCUGGCUGUGCCGGAUGCUCCCCUUCGGAGAGAGGACAGUUUGACCACCCUAUAGUAACUGGUUCCUGUGAGGCUGUAGUGGACCAUAACCCAGUAGGAUGUGAUGAGCUCCAGCUGAGUCGAGGUGACGUGAUUGAGAUACAGGGGAUGCUACUCCGAGGUCUGGACCUGUUCAUAGGAACACACUGCUCUACAGGAAACACCGGCUUCGUACACAAGGCUCACGUGAAGCCACUCAACGCCAAACCACUAGAUGGACAACUUGUGUUUCUGAGUGAGGAGGAAAGUGCGUCUCUGUCCCAGGUUAACCCCUGCAGUACUGAGCCCAGAGACAGUGACCUCCUAGAGAGACUCUUCUCCUCUGACAUCAGUACUGUCUACAGACUAGACAGACUGGAUCAGUCUGAUUUUACGUACAUCAGAAACCAACCUGAACAAGAGCAUAAGCCCCCCACCAGUAGCCGGCAGUCCAUCAUCUCAGAGAAGAGUGACGCUACACUCCCAUACCACUCCUCCUACGCAUCCCAGAAUGCUUUAGGGCGUGGCGGUGACGGGGAGCUGCUGUCCUUCGGUCUGGACAACACCUUCAGAGAGAUGAACGAGUUCCAGGAUGACCCACCCCUUUUCCUGGAGGAGGGGGAGGAGUCGGAGGUCUGUGACCCCACCUUGACCCUGCUCAACAUGCAUCACUUUCAGGAGGACUUCCUGCCCCUGUAUGACCUCCACCACUCCUUCCUGUGGCUGACGUUCUCAGGGCAGAGUGAGGAGGAGUUACUGGGCCACCUGGAGAUUGUCAGAGAGGGGGCCAAGAGAACGGGCAUGGCCUGGGCACACCGACGGGCAUGCUUCCUACUGGGGAGGCUCUGUGCCAAGAAGCUCAAGUACUCCCAGGCCCGUGUGUAUUACGAGGAAGCCCUUGGAGUCUCUGUCGACGGUUUCUCUGACCUCCCUCUCCUCAUCGCCCUCUACACCAACCUCACAGCCAUCUACCUCAAACAGAAGAUGGCCGACAAGCUGCCCCCGACCCUGGAGAAGGCCAUUGCUCUGCUCCUCUGUCUCCCCAGACACACCUUCACCUCCCUGGAUGAGUUUGAGCUGCUGAAGCUGGUGCUGCGGAGGUCUGUGGUGGAAGGGUACAAACACCUGGAGGCACGGGUCUGUUACCUCACCGCCAGCCUCUUCCUCCUCCUUAGAAAGAUAGAUGACGCCCUGCCCUUCGUGGAGCGCCUCCAGUUUCUCACCGUUACCCUGUCUGCUGAGGAGGGGCGCCCCAUCGCCCCCCUGGACCUCAACUGGCUCCUGUCCCGGCUCUACCACCGUAAAUACAUGCCCUACCUGGCCCUGGCAGCCCUCAGCCUGGACACUGGACAGGAUCACUCACUACAGGACGCCUUCCACAGGAUAGAACUGUUCAGCAGGAACUCGGUGCGUCUGAACCCGCGAUGGAAAGAGGGGACGUCUCUUCUCCCAGCCCAGAUCGUGGUGUACCUGCAGCAGGCUCUGGCAAUUGCGGAGCGGGGUGACGACCUUAAGACCCAGAGAGACCUAUGUCUGGGCCUGGCCUGUGUUUACCAGCAACACGGGGCCCUGGAGAAGGCCCUGCCCUGUGCCCAGCAGGCUGUACAGACCGGGGGAGGUAUCAACGAGGAGGAGGGGUUUGAGGCGUCAGUACUGCUGGGAUGGCUGUUAGUCCUGACGGGACAGCAUGAGAAGGCACAGAACACCUUGCAGCCACUAUUACAGUCUCUACAGGGAACCGACAGCCCGACCCAGAGGGGAGUGAUCCACAACCUGCUGGCUCUGUGUCUGCGGCAGCAGGGUGGCAUCCCCGAAGCUGGCAGCCACCUCCACCAUGCCCUCACCAUCUCCAGGGAGAGUGGCAACCAAAGGAACCAGGCCCUGGCCCUCGCCAAUCUGGGCUGCCUGGCACUGGGCGUGGGGGCACCCACACUGGCAGAACGAUUCCUAUUCAGGUCUCUGUGGUUGUUCUUGGAGAUCUGGGAGAGUCCCGUUGACGAGGAACACGUCCAGACCUACCUAUGGUUGGGGCGGAGCUACAAGGACAGGGGAAGGAGCCAGGACGCCAGGCUGUGUUAUGAGAUGGGCCUCCUCAUCUCCCUCCAGGCCAGGAAUCUACCCAGUCAGAUGGUGGUGGCUAAAGUCCUGAGUCGUCACUAUGCUGACGUGCUGCUGUAUGGACAGAGUAUCCUCUACUAUGAGCACUGUGUGUCUGUGUCCAGGGACCUGAAGGACAAGAGACUAGAGGGAGAAUAUCUAGAGAUCCUCAGUAGCCUCUACCUGUCCCUCAAUACUGAGAAAUCAUCAAGGAAGUCUCUGGACUACAGUAAGCAGAGUCUGCGUAUCUCCAUUGACCUGGGGAAGAGAGAGGAAGAGUCAGAGACCUGGCUUCAGGUGGGACGCAUCUACUACCUCAUCCAUGAAGACGAACUGGCUGACAUGUACCUACAGGCGGCAGUGAAGACAGCCCUGAGGAUGAACGACCCACGCUUUGCCAUGAGAAUCUACGAGGAGGCAGGAGACGUCUUCUUCAAAGGCAACAGGAACAGGCCGGCAUCACUGCCCUUCUACAGGGACGGCAGUCUCCCUAUUGCUCGGAGUAUCCGUGACGUCGACUCAGAGUUCAGACUGCUGAGUAAACUGACUGAACUACUGAUGACCCAGGAAGAACACGAAGAGGCUCUACAGUAUGCCAUUCUGGCUGUACAGAUCAGCACCAAAACAGGUGUGUGUGUGAACGAGCGCGCAGCGUACCACCGUCUGGCUACAGUGUACUACAGUCUGGAGCAGUAUGAGAUGACAGAGAACUACUACCUCAAGUCUCUGUCUCUCAGCCCUGCUGUACUGCAGCACCCCCUGGAGGCUAGAUACUACACCAAGCUCUACUGCAGGCUGGGGGACCUGACCCUGCACAAACUCAAGGAUGCCUAUGACUCGAUGGGCUACUUUCAACUUGCUCAGGCUGCUGCCCUGGAGGACCGUGCCAACCCACAGGCACUGUAUGUGGUCUACAUGAAGCUGGCAGAGAUCCAUGCCAACCACAUGCCAGACCCACUGCUCUGCCAGGCUUACAGGGACAGGGCACAGAGCCUGAGGAGGGAACUCUCUGGGCUGGGAGAGACGGAUGGGAGGGGAGGAAUGACAGAGGGGAGGGGACGAGAGAUGGAGGGGAGGGGAGGAGAGACGGACGGGAGGGGAGGAGAGAUGGAGGAGAGGUGAGGAGAGAUGGAGGAGAGGGGAGAAGAGACAUGUGAUACAGACCCAGGGACGAGAAACACAGACAUGAACGAGAUCUAGCCAGAGACUAGGUAGUGAGUCUACAGAUACUAUCCACAAAGAGGCUAUUGACAUGGACAGUGCAUAGAGCUGAGGUUGGAGCCUGCUGGGCUAUGGGAGACAUGGAGAGGGUAGAGACAGAGGGACAACACACAGGACUGGGAGACAUGGAGAGAGGAGAGACAGAGACAGGACAUCCCAACACUAUAGAGAGUAAAAACACAGAGAGACAGCAUAGAGUCACAGAAAAGAGAGAAACAGAGACUGAGACUGGAUGUGGUGACUAUCAAUGUAGAAGCUAACUCCCAAGAUGCUAACUGUAAGGAUAGCAGACAGAUCAAUGCAGAUAGCCAUGAAACAUAUUCUGAUGUGUUUUUAAAGGAGACCGAGACACCAGUCACUCAAACCCAGACAAGAACCUCAGAGGCUACUCACACAGACCAAGACACUGACAGUACAGACACAAGCGCAUGUCAAGCAGACGUUGAACACACACAUAAUGACUAUACAACAACAAGCAGUGUAUUUGUAGACACUACAAUAACAGAAAACUGACAGUACAGACAGAAUACCUUACGACCCGAACACCACAGAGACUAUGCCAACAGACACAUGCAUCAAACAUAGCGACUCAACAACCACAGACACAGAUAAAGACACGCCCUACAGACAGCAGUGCCACAGACACAGAGGUAACCCAUGGAGACAGCCCUACAGACAGCAGUGCCACAGACACAGAGGUAACCCAUGGAGACAGCCCUACAGACAGCAGUGCCACAGACACAGAUCCUCUCCAAGACAGACACAGAGGUAACCCAUGGAGACAGUCCUACAGACAGCAGUGCCACAGACACAGAGGUAACCCAUGGAGACAGCCCUACAGAUAGCAGUGCCACAGACACAGAGGUAACCCAUGGAGACAGCCCUACAGACAGCAGUGCCACAGACACAGAGAUAACCCAUGGAGACAGUCCUACAGACAGCAGUGCCACAGACACAGAGGUAACCCAUGGAGACAGCCCUACAGACAGCAGUGCCACAGACACAGAGGUAACCCAUGGAGACAGCCCUACAGACAGCAGUGCCACAGACACAGAGGUAACCCAUGGAGACAGCCCUACAGACAGCAGUGCCACAGACACAGAGGUAACCCAUGGAGACAGCCCUACAGACAGCAGUGCCACAGACACAGAUCCUCUCCAAGACAGACACAGAGGUAACCCAUGGAGACAGCCCUACAGACAGCAGUCCCACUGACACAGAGGUAACCCUUGGAGACAGCCCUACAGACAGCAGUGCCACAGACACAGAGGUAACCCAUGGAGACAGCCCUACAGACAGCAGUGCCACAGACACAGAUCCUCUCCAAGACAGACACAGAGGUAACCCAGGGAGACAGUCCUACAGACAGCAGUGCCACAGACACAGAGGUAACCCAUGGAGACAGCCCUACAGACAGCAGUGCCACAGACACAGAGGUAACCCAUGGAGACAGCCCUACAGACAGCAGUCCCACUGACACAGAGGUAACCCAUGGAGACAGCCCUACAGACAGCAGUGCCACAGACACAGAUCCUCUCCAAGACAGACACAGAGGUAACCCAUGGAGACAGCCCUACAGACAGCAGUCCCACUGACACAUAGGUAACCCAUGGAGACAGCCCUACAGACAGCAGUGCCACAGACACAGAGGUAACCCAUGGAGACAGCCCUACAGACAGCAGUCCCACUGACACAUAGGUAAUCCAUGGAGCCCUACAGACAGCAGUCCCACUGACACAGAGGUAACCCAUGGAGACAGCCCUACAGACAGCAGUCCCACUGACACAUAGGUAACCCAUGGAGCCCUACAGACACAGGUACAGACACUGAUAUCGAUUGUUCAGACAGUAACAUUAUAAAGACAGACAGACAUCGUUCAGCCACAGACGAACCAGGAUGAUGAUAGAUUUGUUCACACCCUCACAGAUCCUCUCCAUAAAGAUAGCAUCACUCCUACAGCUAUUUAGACUGACAAAGAUGUCGACCAUCUUUACUAUGUCCAGCUUUGUUUUUUUCCAUUAAUAUUGUCUGUGUGUAAUUAUGAAGAGCAAUUUUUCUAUAGUUUAUAUACUCUGUAUAUUACAGAGGUUUUUAAAGCUUUGUAAAUAUGUCAUUUUUAUAACUGAAUUAAAGUUAUGUAUGACGAGA